GUAUAUUUUUCGAACAUGAACAAGAAAAAGUGGAUGGAGAAAAUCUUGUUUUAAUUUCAGCAGAAAUUUUGUCAUCUCUCUAUAACUCUCAGACACAAGAAAGAAGGUUUUGCGGAUGAGAGGGGAGGGGAUGAUGAUGAACAAAGACGUGUUAUUUCAUCAUCAUCAACAACAGCAACAGCAGCAAGUGGUUGCAGAGGAUAACAUGUCGAAUCUUACAUCUGCAUCUGGGGAUCAAGCAAGCGUGUCUUCAGGCAACAACAGAACUGAAGCAAGCGGAUCGAACUUUGUCAAUCCUCAACAACAACAACAACUGCAGUAUUUUGUUCAACAGCCACAAGCUCAAUCAUCUCAGCCACCCAAGAAGAAAAGAAACCAACCAGGCAAUCCAGACCCGGAAGCAGAAGUGAUAGCUUUGUCCCCAAAGACGCUUUUGGCGACGAACAGGUUCGUUUGCGAGAUCUGCAACAAAGGGUUCCAAAGGGACCAGAACCUGCAGCUGCACAGAAGAGGGCACAACCUGCCAUGGAAGCUGAAACAAAGAUCGAAGACAGAAGUGGUGAGGAAGAAAGUGUACGUCUGUCCGGAGCCAAGCUGCGUCCAUCACGACCCGUCGAGAGCAUUGGGGGACUUGACAGGAAUCAAGAAGCAUUUCUUCAGAAAGCAUGGCGAGAAGAAGUGGAAAUGCGAGAAAUGUUCCAAGAGGUAUGCUGUCCAGUCAGACUGGAAGGCCCAUUCUAAGACUUGUGGCACCAAAGAGUACAGAUGUGACUGCGGCACUCUAUUUUCAAGGAGGGAUAGUUUCAUAACUCACAGGGCAUUUUGCGAUGCAUUGGCAGAAGAAAGUGCAAAAGCUGUUCCAACUCAUCAACCGAACCCUCUCAUGGUCCAAUCAUCUUCUUCCUCGCACAAUCUCAUCACAACCCUCGAAAACUACUCCACUGACAGCAAUCCCCAUCCAUUCUCCAUGAAGAAAGAGCACGAAGGUAGCUUUAACCACACGCUAACCUUCCCUCCUUGGCUCUCACCCUCAAACCCUAACCCUAGCGCCGGUUUAUUCCCCUUCGGUCCGGCCACCGCCGCCUCCUUUCACCACCCCUCUCCUCCGUCUCCGGCCAUUUCCGCCACCGCUUUGCUCCAGAGAGCUGCCCAGAUGGGUCCCACCAAGACAACCCCUUCGAGUCUCAACCUCGCGACAACAAUGGCGGAGGCGAUGAUGGCGUCACCUGCGUCCAUGUUUCAAGGCUACGACGCGAUGAGUACGAAUUCGGCGGCUGGGUUGGAAGCCUUCGACGAGAGCUUUGGAGGGUUAUUGAGGGCGGAAGAGAAGAACGGAGGAGGAGAAGGGUUGACGAGAGAUUUCUUGGGGCUUCGGCCAUUGUCUCAUUCCGACAUUCUCAGCUUUGCCGGAAUCGGAGACUGUUUCAAUGGCAAUGUCCCGGAGCAGCAACAGCAGCAGAAUCACUCUCAAAAAUAAUAUAUAUUAUAUUUCUAGUAUCUCUAUAAUUUUUUUGUUUCUUAUUAUGUUAUACAAGUUUAAGUUGAAUAUAUUUUCGUAAAGGAAAAUGAUCGACUCACCAUGUUACAAACAUAUACGGAAAUUUAUUUAUUUA